AUGCUCCAAGCAAGAUUUACUCUCAUUUUCCUCGCCACGUUGGCCCAGUCGAUGUCUGUUAUGAAGCCAUAUCUACGUCCAGUCUCGUUGGACGAAAACAGCCUAGAAAAAUACAUGGAGAACAGAGAGAGCGAAGAAACUGUGCUCCACAGACAAGCAAGAGUUGCGAGACGAAGCAUAAUCACUCCAGAAAUUGAUGUUUUCAAGUACUUUGCGAGAACGUGCAACUACGACCGUCCCACCCUCGUCCGAAUUUAUCGAAAAUGCGAGCAGAAAUAUGGUUUUUACCGAAGAGAAAGGGUGAACGCCUGUGUUAGAGCGAACACAAAAUGCCGAAGAUAA